AUGGCACCCCCAGGAGUUCUCCUCGUCCACCCCCGCCUCCUCACACCCACUCCCACCACCGCCUCAACCUUCCUCCACUGGACCAAACUCCAUUUCCGCGACAUGCUUCGUCUGCAAGGCGUAACAGGUGCCAUGCGGUUCCGCGCCCCAGAUACAGACACCGGGUACUCACAUGCGCUGGAAGACGACACGGGGGAGAGUGGAGAGAAGUUACCCCUGUAUUUGUAUAUGUGCGUGUUGAGUGAUUUGGGGGUUGUGAGGGAGGCGCCGUAUUAUGGGGUUAGUCGGAGGUUGGAUUUGGAUGAGGAGAAUGGGGAGGGUGAUGGGGUGAAGAAGGAGGAAAGGGAAGAAGAUAAGAAGAUGGUGUUUGAUAUCGUAGAUGCCAAGUUUGCUGUUUACGAAAAGUUGGUCGGGAGGGGGAUGAUUCCGGUAGUGGAGAAGAAGACGAAGUCUGUGCUCAUCUGUGUUUCCAUCACUCCUUCGUCGCCUUCUUCUACACACACAGAUACCGAUGCAGCUUUCGUCUCACAAUCUCUACACGACUCCCUCCUGGAUACGUGGGGAGUGGAUGGUGACGGUGUUGGUGGUGGAUGA